UUGAUAUCCCUAAGAUCCACCAAGAAAAUUUUCGGUGCUCAAACAAUUUAAAAAUAUUACAAAAACAGUGCAAAACUCAAACAAAAUGAGCGUAGAGGAAGAAGUACUGCGAAUUCACAAGAAGUUGAGCAAAAUGACAUCAAGUGGAGGCGAAACUAAUCAAGCUCAGGCACUGGAUCUUUUAAAAGUGCUACAGGGACUCAAAAUUGAUCUCGAGAUAUUGACCAAUACAAGAAUCGGAAUGGCUGUUAAUGAAUUAAGAAAAUGCAGCAAGGACGAGGAAGUAAUAAAUUUGUCAAAGAAACUCAUAAAAAAUUGGAAAAAGCUACUUGCCACUCCAGAUAGUCCAAAUACAAAGCCCUCAAACGGUAAUUCCAGCAGUAGUUCGAUCAAGCCUCCAAGUAAAGAGGAAAAGUCUAAGGAAUCCAAAAAGAGCUCGUCUCAAUCAUCUUCAUAUUCAUCCAGUAGCUCAGUCACCGAUGUUGUUCGCAUAAAGUGUCGUGAAAUGCUAGCAGGCGCUAUCAAAUGUGAUGAUUAUCCAGAAGGCUGUGCGUCUGCUGAAGAUCUAGCAGAGGAACUUGAAGAAGCGAUUUUUGCCGAGUUUAAGAACACAGACAUGCGUUAUAAAAAUCGUGUUCGUUCACGUAUUUCCAAUUUAAAAGAUUCUAAAAAUGUCGAGCUUCGUGGAAACUUUAUUCGAGGAGCUAUUCCUGCUACUCGCCUUGCUAAAAUGACUCCAGAGGAAAUGGCCAGUGACGAAAUGAAAAAAUUGAGAGAAAAGUUCGUCAAAGAAAGUAUCAACGAUGCACAAUUGGCAACCGUUCAAGGCACGAAAACAGAGAUGCUCAAGUGCGGUAAGUGCAAAAAGAAGAACUGUACCUAUAACCAACUUCAAACAAGAUCCGCUGAUGAACCUAUGACAACAUUUGUACUUUGUAACAACUGUGGAAAUAGAUGGAAGUUCUGCUAAACUUAACAAAUGAAUAAUAAAGAUAAGUAACAAUAAAAGAAACAUGCAUCAUAUAAAUCCAAAUAGUUACAAAUAUUCGAUGAACUUUCAUAUUAAAAAAACUUUUAAUUCGAGUUAUUAGAUGUAAUGCUU